AUGACAAAACAGAUACUACUCGCUCCGCUCGCCAUCUUACCUGGCAAGGACCAACCACAACCAACAACUAUAGAAAUUGAUCUUGAUUCAGGUGUGAUCACAUCCAUCAAAGAGGGACUAGUGCGACCCACCGAAGAAGUUGGAGAUGUGAUGGUGAUUGAGAUUGAAGAAGGCAAGGUGGUCUUACCUGGAUUAGUAGACACGCAUGUUCAUCUCAACCAACCCGGUCGAACCGAAUGGGAAGGUUUCCAGACCGGUACAUUAGCAGCGAUCUCAGGAGGGGUGACUACGGUCAUUGACAUGCCUCUCAACUCGAUCCCACCUACCACCACGAUGGAGGGACUGAAAGUGAAAAGAGCCGAAGCGGAAAAAGUAGGCGUAAAUUGCGAUAUAGGGUUCUGGGGUGGGAUCAUACCUGGCAAUGCGGAUCAACUUGUUGGAAUGCUAGAUCAGGGGGUUAAAGGGUUUAAAUGUUUCUUGAUUGAAUCGGGUGUUGAGGAAUUCCCUUGUGUAGAUGAAAAGGAUUUGUUAAAAGCAUGUGAGGCUCUGAAGGACACAAACGCGUUGAUCCUCUUCCAUGCCGAGCUUGACUCCACUGCGCAUACUCAUGCCUCUCCACCGUCACCUGACCCUAAAGAAUAUUCCACUUUUCUCGCAUCCCGACCUGAAUCUUGGGAAGUAGACGCCUUAUCCUUGAUCCUCAAGCUAGCCAGACGUUAUUCCUCUUUACGAUUCCACAUCGUCCAUCUAUCAGCCGCUUCUGCCCUUCCCUCAAUUCGCCAAGCUCGCUCGGAAGGAGUGAAGAACCUAACGGUCGAAACAUGUUUUCAUUAUUUGUGUCUGACCGCCGAGGAAAUACCAGAUAAUGCAACUCAAUUCAAGUGUUGUCCACCGAUUCGAAAUUCCUCUAACAGACUGGAACUAAGACAGGCUCUGAUAGAUGGUGAGAUAGAUUAUGUGGUUUCGGACCAUUCGCCCUGUGUUCCCGAAUUGAAGAAAGGCGAUUUCCUAGAAGCUUGGGGUGGUAUAUCGGGAUUGGGCUUAGGGUUGAGUUUACUCUGGACCGAAUUUCAACAAGAUGAGAAAGUGGAUCUGGGUAGGGUGGUAGAUUGGAUGGGCUCCGCACAAGCUAAACAAGUGCAAUUAGAAGAUAAGGGCGGGUUGAAAGUUGGGAAUAAGGCGGAUUGGGUAUUAUUCGAUCCAAAGAAACAGUGGGAGGUGACUACUCAAUCCCUCUUAUUCAAAAAUAAAGUGUCGCCAUAUAUAGGUAAGACCCUCAGAGGUUUGGUGGAAAAGACGUAUCUUGGUGGUAAAUUAGUUUGGGAUCAUUCAAAGGGUGUAGAUGGAGUAGCAUACUCUCAAGGCAACUUAUUAUGA